AUGGGCGUCAAGGGCACCAGGCGGGUCUGUGACCUGACUUCAGGCAGAGGGCAGGCGCACCUCACGGGGAGUGGUCAGUGCCGCAUUGGGCGGGCCUCCCGCUGCCCGGCCCAGCUCGCCCUGCCUGGGCCGGUGGGCCUGGACGUGUCCGGCGGCCCUGUGGCCAAGCAUCUUCCAGUGGCUGAGAUACAGCUGGGCUGA